ACACUGAGACUGCGGUGGUAUCAACUGGGACCCCAGUCUACGUUCCUCCGGUUCCAGCAGUCUCCCAGACUCCAAGCCCUAAGGCAUCGGCUCCGCGCUGUGCCCCGAGUCUCCCCCAGGGACAAUGCUGCCCGCCCUGAUGAUUACACUUAGCUGCCUGGGCCUCAGCUCCCUCACACAGGCCCACAUUGUCCCCGUUGUGCCUUUGAGCCCAGCUCCUGACACCUUUGAUGAUGCCUACUUGGACUGUGUUGAAGAGAUGGAGAAGGAGGCCACCCAUCUGCUCCAGGAGGAGAUGGCAAACCACGCCCUGCUCCGGGAAUCAUGGGGGGCUGCCACAGCUACCUGGGAGGGCCGAAGGAGGGGACUCACUCUGCCCCUGGGUUUCCGAACCCAGCAUGCUGUGGCCAUCAUGGUCUACACCAAUUCAUCCAACACUCUGUACCGGGAGCUGAACUCAGCUGUGAGGACAGCCGGCAGCUCUCGAGAACAUUACAUGAAGCACUUCCCCUUCAAGGCCCUACAUUUCUACCUGAUGCGGGCCCUGCAGAUGCUGAGAGUUUCUGAGAACUGUCAGGAAGGCCCUGGGCAGGAAGUGUUCCGAGGUGUGAGCAGCCUCCGCUUCCAGCCUAAGCAGCUGGGAGAUGUCAUUCGCCUUGGCCAGUUCACCUCCACCUCUGAGAAAAAAGGGGUGGCCCAGGGAUUUGGAAACACAACCUUCUUCACCAUGAACACUUGCUUUGGAGUCCCUAUACAAGCCCUUUCAGUCUUCCCAGAGGAACGAGAGGUUCUCAUCCCUCCUCAUGAGAUUUUCCUGGUGUCUGACUUCUCUCAGGAUGGGACCCGAAACCUGGUGACCAUCAGGAGUCUCAAUCGGACCUGUAGCCACUUCAACUGUGCCUACCUGGGAGGAGAGAAGAAGGAGGGCUGUGUAUCUAACUCAGGACAAAGUUGGGAUGCUCUGCUCCCAGGAUCUUGGCCUCAGCUGAUGCCAAGGACCUUGCUCCUGCCUCCUGGAGCAUUUCAACUCUCAGGCCCAGUGCCCUGAUCUUCCAGCUUCUGGACUGGGAAAUUGUAGGGACCUGUUGGUCCCCCUAUUGUGUAGGCCAGGCCAGGCUGAGGGCAGCCUGCGAAGAAAGCAGAGGAAAAAGAUGAAGAUGAGGAUGAGAAUGAUGGAGGUGUUUGGGAGUUGAUCUGUGAGCAGUGUCCUGGGAUCAGGGCAGGGGCCUCAGGCCCCUCUGACCAGGCAGAUGUGGAGCUACAAUGGGUGAGGCCACUCCACUUUGUGGUUGUUGCCAUGGCCACCUCUCAAUAAAGGACCUUGCAAAA